ACGCGGUGGGAGACGACAAAAGUCGGCUGAACUCGGGUUCCCAGCCGUGCCUUGCCUUCCCGAAAGAGGACCGCGGCUGUUCCCUUGGACGGAAGAAGAAAGGCCAGCAGUGAGACGGCGGCGGGCCGCAGCAGACGCUUGCCAUGGCCGAGCCCAGUCCGAAAAGGCUGAAGAGUGGCCUGCCCUUAUGCCCCAUCCACCGACAGGGCAGAGCGCUGAUCAAGCUGGCGAAGCAGAACUUCCCGGCCGUGGUGGAGGAAGGCCUGUGCGGGGCCACCAGCGCCCUGCUCGAGGUCUCCUACGUCUUCCAGAUGCUGGGUGAAAUCUUUGAUCAUUCUGAUAUGGCUUUACCAAAUGUUUCGAAAUUCUUCUGGGACCAGGCUAAAGAGGAGAGGGAAGCAGCAGAAGCUCUGAUACAAUACCAGCAUAACAGAGGAGGCUUAUACUGUACCAAAGUUAUCCAAAGACCACCCAACGUGCUUAUUAAUGGUGUGGCUGCAGCUCUGGAAAUAGCCCUAGUACAAUGGAAGACAAUGGCAGGCUAUUUUGAAGAGCUUUAUGCUUUGAGUAUCAAGAAUUCAGAUCCUCACAGUGCAAGCACAAUUAAGAAGCAAUUUCUAGCACCUAAGAUCCGGAAGAUCAAGUUGAUGGGAGAUCUAAUUACCAAUGCUCGUAGGCUUAGGAGUGCCCAGGAUGGCAGAGGUGACCUUGAGAACUAUCUAAUAGACCGCUUGCAAAAGGAAUUAAGGAUUGGGCCAGAUUCAGAAGCGCACUACAGUCUCUGUAUACCACUUCAGAAAUGUACAGGAGCUGCAAAGGACCUACAGCCAAUGCCAGAGGAGUUCCCACAUUACAGGAACAACGUAAGGCCAAAGUACUCAGGCCUGCAUUGCUCACUCUCUCAGCCUCGGUGGAAAGGAUUGCGGGAGGCAUAUCGAAAGCAUGAGCAGAAAUGGUUUUAGACUGGGUGGGGUCAAUCUGCUCAGCAGCUGUAGGGCAUGCGUAUAUCAUUAAAUUGGUCCAAGAUAGAUGUCAGGGGGUUGACUUGUGAUUUGUGAAAUCUGUUGUGAUGUCAGAAAUAUGAAAUCUGUGCAGUCAUAUUUGGAUUAGUAGUUUUUGUUUUUUUAAUUAAGAUUUUUAUUAAUUUCUAAUACAUAGAGUACAAAAGGCAAGGGAAAAAUUGAAUCAAAAAGAUAAAAGACAUCUCUAAACUAUAUACUAUGGUAAAGUACAAUUGAUGAAAUACAGAUUUACUGUGUAUAACAAGAA